AUGGCGACCCCCGGCAAAUCCGUCUUCCUCAUUGGCCCGGGCUUCAUUGGCCGCGAAGUGCUUGAUCUCCUCCUCCAAGAGAACUAUGCAGUGACGACCCUGACUCGUCGUGAAGCGUACGCGACCGAGCUCCAACAGAGCGGCGCAAAGACGGUCAUCGGCAGCCUGGACGAUCGAGACAUUAUCGUUGAGCAGACCCUCGCAAGCGACAUUGUUAUCCAUACCGCCACCGCAGACCAUUUGCCCUCGGUCGAAGCCGUCAUUGCAGGCGUCGAACAACGCGCAAGCCAAGGAAACCAGACCAUCUUCAUCCACACAAGCGGCACAUCAUGCCUGAGCGACGACGCCAAGGGCGAAUACAAAUCCGACAAGAUCUACCACGACGACAAGCCUGAGGAGAUUGACGCACUCCCAGAUACUGCCUCGCACCGCUUGAUCGACCUCGCCAUUCUUCGCGCACGCAAGAAACUCGGGAACAAGGCCAAACUGGUCAUCAUGAUCCCGCCGUUGAUCUACGGCGCCAACCCCAAGUACAAGCGUCUCUCGAUUCAAAUGCCGACACUGACUCGGUUUGCGCUGAAACACGGUUAUGCCGGCCAUGUUGGGAAGGGCGACUCCGUGUGGUCCGAAAUCCACGUGGUGGACCUCGCUCGGGCAUACAUUACUAUUCUACAUUGGCUCGAGCAGACCGACGCCUCCAAGGUCCUCGAGAACCCUUACUUUUUCUGCGAGAACGGCCGCGAGUUCGCCUUCAAGGAUGCAGUGGCAACGAUUGCCAAAGCCUUGCAUGCUGCCGGGCGGAUCAAGUCACCAGAACCCAAAACGAUUCCUGAAAGUGACUUUGACGAUCUCUUUGGCAAGUAUACUGCAUGGGUCGUGGGGUCGAAUUCAAGGAGUAGGGCGAACCGGCUGAGGGCACUGGGGUGGGAGCCCAAGGAGAAGGAUCUGAUGGCGUCUUUGGUGGAGGAUGAGAUACCUAUUCUGCUGAAAGAGGAGGCUGGCGAGUUUCGUGGGUAUUCUGGAGUUGCAGCUUCUGGUGGAUCGUAG